UCUACCUUAUCAAAAGACUAGUUGUUAGGUUUCAUGCUGUUCAGUAACUUUUUGAGUGUUAAUUAUCUAUCUAUAUUUUCUGUGCUUCUUAUAUGUUUUAGAUUUUAUUUCUGAAAGUUGUUUCAUAUCCCACAAUAAGUUGCAUGGAUAAAUCGUGGAUCGACAAUGAGGCUAGGUACAAUAUAACUUUUUCAAAACAACUAAAGGUGUUCUUUGUAGCUAUCUUGAUAAUUAACAUAGGGAUUAUGUGUAGGGAGACAAAGGCCUAUAUACAAGGGGUGAACAAUUUUCUAGCUUUUGCAUUUAGAAAUUCCGCAGUUGGGUGCAAGAUAUUAUGUCCAUGUAGGAAGUGUGUUAAUUCCUUUUGGAGAGAGGCUAGUGAUGUGCGAGAACACUUGAUAUGUGAUGGAUUUCUAAAAGGAUACAGAACAUGGACUUUACAUGGAGAAGCUAGCUCCUCUUUUACGAACCAUGGUAGUUAUGAUGUUCCUGAUUUCAUUGAGCAGCCUAGUGAAGAUGAUGAGAUAUCAGACUUGCUUAGGGACUUAGCUUGUGGUUUAGAUGACAGAGGUGAUAUGGAAGAUGACGGAUCUUUUGAGCCACCUAAUAAAGAUGAAACAACUAUUCAUAAGCUAGCAGCGGAUAAUAGUAAAGAAUUGUACCCAGGUUCCAAGUACUCAAAGUUAUGUUUUCUAAUUCGGUUACUUCACAUCAAACUUCUUGGAGGUUGGACCGAUAGAAGUUUUAACUUGCUGGUAGAUUUACUUGCUGAUGCCCUACCUACAGGUUCAGAACUUCCUAAAAACUUUCAUGAAGCUAAGAAAUUGGUGAAAUCUGUUGGAAUUGGGUACAAUACUAUUCAUGCAUGUGAAAACAAUUGCCUUCUCUUUUGGAAGGAGAAUGAAAAACUGAAUUCAUGUCCAAAAUGUGGUGUCUCACGUUGGAAAUCAGAAAAGAAGAGUCUAGAUGGAAAACGUGAGUACAAGGUUCCUAGAAAAGUUCUUCGCUAUUUUCCUAUUAAGAAAAGACUCCAAAGAUUGUUUGUAUCCUCUAGAACUGCAAGUCUCACUAGGUGGCAUGCUGAACGACGAAUAAAAGAUGGUUUGCUUAGACAUCCUGCCGAUUCCAUUUUGUGGAAGGAUUUUGAUCAGAAGUAUCCAGAAUUCGCCGCUGAUAGUCGUAAUAUCCAUCUAUCAUUUGCUACUGAUGGGUUCAAUCCAUAUAGGACUAUGAAUGUUAGUUACAGUAUUUGGCCUGGCAUUUUGAUUCCAUUCAACUUUCCACCUUCAAUGUGCAUGAAGGAUUCAAAUUUCAUCUUGUCUGUGUUAAUUCCUGGUCGAUCCUCUGUUGGCAAUGAUAUGGAUGUCUAUUUUCAGCCACUUGUUUAUGAUCUACUUGAUAUGUUUGUUAAUGGCAUGAGAACCUAUGACGCUUCAAAGGGUGAAUACUUUCAAUUGCGUGCUGCAAUACUUUGGACCAUCACUGCAUUGUAAAUCUAGAUUACAAGACCUGGCUUCAAGCACAUAGAUAUGUCCUUUUCAACUAUCCUAAUAUAGAACCAUACUUAAACAAGCAUGCUCUUUACCUCUCCACCAUUGGGGUUCGAAAUAAACGUGAGAUCACCUGCAUGCAUCAUAAAACCUUUCAUGAGUGGUUUAGAUUGCAUGUUGAGGAAAUGUGUGAGGAAGCUCCAGAGGAGAUCAAAAUUUUAGCUAAGGGGCCCAUGAUGAUCGCACAUCAGUAUAACAGCUAUACAAUAAACGGCUUCAACUUCCAUACACAAUCAUAUGAUGAGAAUAGGUCUGUCCAAAGUAGCGGGGUAGCUCUAGUUUGUGAGACAACACGUUUUGAGAGCGGGAAUAAUGAUAGCCACGUAUUGAGGAAAAACAUCUAUUAUGGUAUCAUAAAAGAAAUUAUUGAAUUGAAUUAUCAUCACAAAGGGAAUGUUACACUAUUUAAGUGUGAUUGGGUUGACAACCGUGUGCACAACAAAUGGGUUAGAACAGAUCAAUUAGGGAUCACCACAGUUAAUUUCAAGCACUUAUUCAAUACGGGUAAAAAGAUAUCGGAUGAGCCUUUCAUUUUAGCAUCUCAGGCAUCUCAAGUUUUCUAUGUUGCUGAUCCAAUUGAUAGUGAAUGGUCUGUUGUCGUACAACCAAAAUCUUGUGAUUUGUUCAGAAGCGAUGAGGCUGAGAAUGAAAUCAUUGAUGAUGGUAAUGAUGUAGUUAUGUUAGUCCCUGAUCUAAACCCAAAUGUAUCCGCUUGUGUGGCUGCUGGAUGUGUCCCAUCUAUGAGAACAGAUAUAGAUGGUGUGAUUGUUAGUGGAAUAAAACAUGGGAAAAAAUCUAAAAAGAAAAAUGGCAAGCGCAAGAGGAAACAAUAAGGGUGGCUCAUAUAAUGAGUAUGAGCAACAAAAGCUUGAAAAUAUUGAAAGGAACAAAAGGAGGUUAGAAGAAUUCAACAUCCCUGCAAUCAUCAACUCUUUGGGGCAGCAACAAAAUCGAUCUAGGAAAACUUCAAAGAAAGUUCAGAACAGAAAUACUGUAUCAACUGAACGUCCAAACUUGCGACCAAGACUACAAAGAAACAAUUGUCAGUUUGAUGAAGAACAUGUGCUUGCUGAUUUGGAGCCAGUAGGAGAUUUCCUUAGUAACAAUGAAGACCUACAGAUUGGUGACCAAAGCAAUGGUACAGUGAGAAAGAAAGGAAGGGGAAUAACGAAGAAAGAUGACAUAUUCUCAAGGACACCAAAUAUGCCUAAACUCAAAAUAUCUCUUAAUGAUUAUGGACAGCCAAUUGGUGAAAACGCUAGGCAACUUUCAAGUGUUAUAGGGUGUCAAGUUAGAAAGAAGAUAUCAAUUGCUUGUGUAGAUUGGAGGCUUGUUGAUGUUAAAAAGAAGUACGAGCUGUGGACUGAAAUAAAGUCAUACUUUGAUAUUGAUGACGCUGCCUUAAAUUGGGUUACACGCACUGCUGGGAGGAAAUGGAAAGAAUUUAAGGCAAAUAUCAAGGAGCUGUAUUUUGAUCCUGAGCUGACUAUAGAUGAUGUUGGGGAAUGUCCAGACAAAAGAAUUAGUGAUGAUGAUUGGAAAUUUCUCUAUAACUAUUGGAAGACUUCUGAAUUUCAGACUCUCUCGAAAGUGGGAAAAGCAAACCGGCAAAAACUGCAGCUGCACCAUACUACUGGAAGUGUGAACUAUGCUUGCUCACAACAUAAAUUGGCUAUCAAACUAGGACGUCCCCCACGAAGAGAUGAAACUUUUAUCAAAACCCAUACAAGGAAAAAUGGUGUUCCUUCAACCUCUGCAGAGCCAAUAAUGGCGAAACUUAAAGAUCUUAUUGAAAUCUACCCAGACUUGAAAGAGCGGACAAUUCAGGAAGGUGAUGCAUAUGCUGUUCUUUGUGGACUGAAAGAGCCAAAAGGAUAUGUCCGUCUUAUGGGUCUAGGCUCGACUCCUCAAGAUGUUGGUACUCCAGGAUUAAAGUGUUAUGCACCAACAAGACUUCAAAUGGAGGUUAUGGCUCGAAAGAAAGCUGAAAGUGACAGGGAUGCUCUAGAGCAACGUGUUUUUGAGUUGCAGGCUCAAAUGGAGCAAAGGGCACAACAAGAUAGGGCAAGUCCCAUGUCACAACACGGUUCCACAUCACGUCUACAUUUGGAUGCAAGGUUGAAUGAAACUGGUGAUGCUGGACUAGAUGAAGGGGAGGAAGAUUAUGUUUCUGAAGAUGAUGUUGAUGACAACUUACAUGACCAGGUGCAUGGUUUAACCUCAUCAAGAACAACAGCACACAAAACAACCGCACCAAGGAGUAAUGAAACUUCUCGCUCUCAACAUGAUGCUCUUGUUGGAAAAGAUGUCAUAUUAUAUGCCUUGUUGAGAUCAGAUCAACCUGUGGCUAAAUGAACAAUAAUUUCAACUAAACCAAACACUAUUCUUGCGGGCCAGUCCCUUGGGAGACAAUGUUGUGAAGUUAUUGUGUCUUGUGUGUUGAAAAGAGAUGCACAUUUGCCUCGUCCCUAUGCCAAUAUGGAAACUAUGGGUGAUGCCAACAAGAUGUCAAUUGCAUGGCCAUACAAUAGAAUUACGAACAAGGCAUCAACACCACCUGCAGUUUGAGGUAAUGCAUGGUGUAAAAAGCUAGCUACUUGAGGACAAGCUGACAUGCUUCGAGGACAAGCUGACAUGCUUCUUUUGGUUUCAAGUUCUUUUGUGGGCAACUUUGUAUCUAAUAGUCAUGCAAUGUUGCGCAGAUCGAAUAGGCAUGAUGGAAAGCUUUUGUAAUGUCUAACCCAUAUACUGUCUCUGAUGACCAAUUGGGUAUAUUUAGGAAUAUUUGUAGCUUAUGACUACAACUCAAUUGUGGAUGUUUAAGUGCUGUCGAUGAAUCUAUGAUUAUUUGAACCUUGUGACUCAUUCAAUCUAUGUGUUAUGUGUGUUGUAUGUUUUCA